AUGAAGCCCAACGCCACAAGAGUGCUGCUUGCUGUUGCGUUGGCAGCUGUUGUGCAGCGGGCAAGAACACUGGUGUUUGCAACACCACGGACUAGAAGCAGGCACGUGUUUCGCAGACGUACUUUAGACGAGCUAUCAGCACUGGCGAAUUUUGUGCAAGACCCAAGUUUUCUAGCUUCAGUCGCAAGUGCAUGGAACGUGGUGCAAACAACUCUGACACCUGCAGCCGAGCUGGUGGACAGCCUUGAAAAAGUGCAAAAAUUUGCGGAGACCUGGAGAGAGCGAGAGCUUUAUGAAGGCAACGAUGCGAAGACACAUGUUGACAAAUUGACAGAAGGUAUUGAACAAGCUGUAGAUGCGGGGAAUAGUGUUCUCAUCCCGAUUGCGCAAGAGGCAGACUUGCCUCCUGAGCCAAUCAGAGGUACGCCCUUCGAGCAGCUCAUGGUUGCAGUGCUUCAGAAUACAAGCGUGGCUGGAGUCUACGCACUGCACGCAGAGCCUGGUGCUGGAAAGUCAACUGCUGCAACACUGGCAGCACUUGAGCUAAAAGGUAGACGGUCGAACGAGGUCAUCGUCCUUUUGCAGAACGACCUUGAGCGGCAACUGGAGUCUUUCUUUCGCCUCUCCGACGUCAAGUAUACUGCAGAAAUCGCCCGCCCGUUCUUCACCAGUCUGAAAAAUAAGGGUAUCAAAUUGAGGUUAAUUUUGGACAAUGUUCUGGACAGCGGUACAAUUGACCCGCAAACUGCAGACAGAUUGAGAGCGCUCGCCCGGGCUGCGAAUGACAACCUGCACCAGGUCAUUGUCAUCGUGCAGCGUGAAGCUGCAGCGCAGGAAAUCGGAGGUCUCAAUGGUGAUGCAACGCGGAAAGGGAAUCAGAUGCCAGCAGAGUUUUACAGGUGGUCUAGAGGAGAGACGGAGGAGCUCUUGAAGAGCACGAAUAUUCAAGAACUCUUGAAGAAGCCGCUACGAGAUGAUGAAGCCCAACUGCCGGAUCUGCAGGCACGACCUCCGCGUCCGUCUGGGUGCGGGAGCUGGCGCGGAACAAG